AGGUUAGAUGCUGCAUUGCUCCUCAAAACGGGUGAUUUGACUGAUAUCGAGUGUGUCAAGGUGUCAAUUGCCAUGCCAUGAGUUUCGCAAUCCCGCCUGGCUGUCUGCCCUCGCUGUAAGUGGUCCAAUGGCCUGCUGGGGAGUUCUUGGGAUUCUCUUCGCUCCCCCACCGCGGGCAUCCACUGCUUGUGACGGUUCCCUCCCCGAUUUUGCAGGGGCUCGUCGAAAGAGUUUCUUCCCCGGAAUAGUCCGCCUAUUAAUCUCACGACAGAACCCGUCCCUGCGCUUUCUCUCCCACUCCCGUUUAUCCUCGUCUCCGUCUUCGCCUACGAUCACUUCGGUCGUCUCCUUCUUUUGUCCCCCUCUUCCCGGUUCCCUCCAGCCCCUCUCGUCGUCACUCCACCAUGGCUAGCGUCAUCGAAGCCGCAAAGCGUGCGGCCGGUAAAGCCGCAGUCGACAACCACUACCCUAAAGACGCCAAAUUUGUCGGCAUUGGCAGUGGUUCUACGAUCGUCUAUGUUGUAGAGGCCAUCAAGGAGUCCGGAGUAGACACCUCCGCCACCAAAUAUAUCCCCACCGGCUUCCAGUCCAAGCAGCUUAUCAUCUCAGCCGGUCUCACCGCGGUUGAUUUCGAUUCUAUCCCAGAGGGCACAGUGCUAGAUGUCGCCUUCGAUGGCGCGGACGAGGUGGACGACGAGCUCAACCUGAUCAAGGGCGGCGGUGCUUGUCUUUUCCAGGAAAAGAUUGUGGCCCUCCAGGCCAAGGAAUUCAUCUGCGUGGCCGACUCCCGCAAACUUCAGUCCCGCCUGCUCUCUGGCUGGAAGUACAUCCCGAUCGAAGUUGCUCCUAUCGCUGCCCACCGAGUCCUCACUGCUCUUCGAGAGAUUGGCAGCAUUGAGCCUGCCAUCCGUCUCAACACGGAUAUCAAGCAAGGUCCAUUGAAGACCGACCAAGCCUUCUUCAUCAUCGACGCUCCGUUCAAGACCCUGCUUACACAGGCAGACGUGGCCGCUGGGAAGGACGGCAGUGGGAAGGAAGGCAUUUGGGAGGUCCACGCCCUCUCCCAGGCGAUUAAGCAGAUUCCCGGUGUUUUGGACGUUGGUAUCUUCUCCGGCCUGACCGGCCCUCAGGCCCAGGCUCUUGGAGGUGUUGGGGGCCAGAAGCCUAUUGCCGCCUACUUCGGCAUGCCUGAUGGCUCGGUGUCCGUCAGGAAGGCAACUGCUUGAUACGGUUGCUUCUAACGCCAUAUACGAUGUGUCAAGUGACCAAGAGACUAGAGGAAAAAAGUACAAUGAUACCAUGUAGACUGUAGCACGAAUCGGACUGUUUUACGCUUUCUAUAACCUGGUG